CGCCUACGGCGGAGCACUCCCAACCCAGGCAAAUGCAAGCGCAGCCGCCGCAGGAUAAUGAGCGAAGUUGUCACCCCGGAGUUAUACUGUUGAAUUGCUCCAUCGGCAGAGGAGAGCCGGGGAGACGACAGAGAAGGAUGAAAACAUUUGAAAGCAUCAAGAUGAAACAUAAAUAGUUCUCUCCAUCCCCAUAUCAUUUUGCCUUCGCUCGCCCCAGAAAUCAUUGUCCAACGUGCCAUUCUUUCUCUGAACCCCAGUACUGGAACGCCGACAGCAAGAAAAUCGAUUCCUGCACUAUGAACUCGUCCAAGGAAGUUAUCAUCAUCGGUGGAGGCAUCUCCGGUCUCGGUAUGGCAGUGCAAUUGAAGCGUAUGCUUGGGCAUGACAAUUUUACUAUCUAUGAGAAAUCCGAUAACAUCGGGGGAACCUGGUGGCACAAUCGGUAUCCCGGAUGCGCUUGUGAUAUUCCCAGCCACUUCUACUCUUUUAGCUUUGCUUUGAAGCCGGAUUGGACGACCAUGUAUCCGGGACGUGAUGAGUUACAUGGAUAUUUCAUGUCUGUCGCUGAGGAGUACGAAAUCAUCCCUCACUGCCGAUUCAACGCCAUGUGUCUUAACCUGGUCUGGGACUCCACUCGAUCUUUGUGGGUGUGUACAUUUCAGGACACAAUCAGUGGAGAGAUGUACACAAGAGAAGCUCCCGUGGUAGUCAGUGCAGUUGGCACACUGGAUCGUCCUUUCAUUCCUGAAAUCGAGGGAUCAGAAACGUUCACGGGCAAAACCUUCCACAGUGCGCGUUGGGAUGACACUUUGAAACCUCAAGGAAAAGACAUUGUCGUCCUGGGUAAUGGCGCAUCAGCCACCCAGUUUGUUCCCGAGUUGGUGAGGGAGGUUGGCCCAAAAGGAAGUGUCACUCAGUUUGUUCGAAGUGCCCAUUGGUGGACGAAAAGAGGAAACCCGAAGUACUCUGAAACUUUUAAGAUGAUGAUGAAAUAUGUGCCAUUUGCAGCUCGUGCGUACCGCUUGCUCUUGGCAUGGGAACUGGAGAGCGUGUUUUUCUCAUUCCACAUGAACGCGAGAGGUAGGGCUAUGCGUCAGCAAACUCGAGACGCCACCCAUGCCUAUAUCGAGAAUGAUGCUCCCUCGAAAUAUCGUGAGAUUUUGAAACCCAACUAUGAGCCUGGCUGCAAACGCCGAGUCAACACUGCAACCUACCUCGCUUCGCUGCAUUCGCCACAGAUGUGCCUGACCAAGGAUCGCGUCGUCAAGAUCGGUCCAGACCACGUGGUUACCGAAGCAGGAGACCGAUACCCUGCAGAUGCUAUUAUUUACGCCACCGGGUUUCUCACUCAGAAGUGGCUCCAUCCUAUCGAGGUCAAAGGCGUCGGGGAAAGGGACUUGCAUCAGAUAUGGGAGGCGUCUGGCGGUGCCGAGGCCUAUAAAGGCACCGUAGUCACUGGUUUCCCGAACUUCUUCAUUCUAUACGGGCCCAAUGCUGCUACUGGUCAGCAUUCUGUCAUCUUCCAUUCGGAAUGUCAGAUCAACUACUCGUGCCGCCUCCUGCGCAAGGUCUUGGGUGGGCAGGCUGACUCUAUCAUGGUCAAGCAGAUGGCACAGAAGCGCGACCUCACCUGGGUACAUAAGAAGCUUCAGGGACUUGUAUUCAACAGCGGUUGCCAGAGCUGGUGGAUGGACCCCGUCACGAAGAAGAACACGUUCAUCUACCCCGACCCCAUGUAUAAGUACUGGGCGCGCACUGUCUUCCCACGCUGGUCAGACUUCGAAGUUAAAGCAAGUCAGCCAAACCACAGUUUCGCCGUGACAAUCAUUGGAAUUGCUUUAUCUUUGGGUGCAUUGACAUGGUCCUUUACCUCGCUCGCGGGUACCGCUAAGAUGUUUGAGGAAGCAAGUUGGUUGGCGGGCGGGAAGUGGCUUACGGAUUAUCUUUGAGUUUGAGAAAGUCAGUAGCUUCCAAGGAGCUUUUGUUAUGUGAGAACUUUACUUCUUCCAGCUUUUGCCGAAGGGUCAUUAAAUAAAUCAAUAGAAG